UGUUCCAAUGGACAGUGCAUCAAUAUAAAAAGCGUCUGCGAUGGUUAUCAGGAUUGCUUUGACGGUGACGACGAACAAUAUUGCGCUACGACAUGUCCUUCUCAACAUUUUAAUUGUAGUUAUGGACAAUGUAUACAAUCUAACAAAGUUUGCGAUGGCAAAUAUGACUGUCCAGACUGGAGUGAUGAAUUGAAUUGCGAUUUAUCAACUUGCAAUGAAAAUCAAUUUCAAUGUUACGAUGGCAGCUGUAUUCAGCUUGCAAAUACAUGCGACAACAUUAAUAAUUGUCUCGAUCAUUCUGAUGAAAUUUUUUGCCGUAAGUUUGAAAUAAAUUAA